AUGAAGACCAACAACGCGAUCAAUGUCUUGGUUGCAGCCCUAGUUACCGGCGUCACGUCGACGGCAAUAGACACAGCAGACGCCGAAUGCGGCAGCCUGGGCGUGAUGGUGGACGACGGCAAGCUCCCCGAGGGCGUCGACCCGACGCGGCUGCGCGACUGCGUCGACCACCCGCUGAGGAAGGAGGCCGACUUGGAGCCGGCGCGGCGAGGAGCAGGCAGAGACGGCCGAUAA